CAGAAACAAAUAUGAAUGAACCAAAUAUUACAAAGAUACAAAGUGUUGCAAAUGUUAUGCAUCAAAAUGAGAAAUCAUUGGACUAUUAUGCGCCGAGAGUUUUGGCAAUCGGUCCAAUUCAUCAUGCACUUGAUUUAAAAUUGUUAAGAUCGAAACAACUCAAGAUAAUUUUGGCGGCAAAAUUCAUCACGAGGACAGAAAAUAGAUGGCAAGACUUACUUGACCUAAUCACGAAAGACAUCGAAGAUAAUAAUCUCAUCGUGGAUUUCUUUGACGAGCAAGUGAUUUCAGAGUAAGACAAUGAGUCUUUGGUUUGGUUAUUGUUCUUGGAUGGGUGUGCAGUACUACAGUUCAUACAUAGCUAUGUUUUUCGAUGGAAAUUGAAAGAGUUGAGAAUUAGUAGUGGUGACGCAGCAUUGAUAUGCGAGGAUUUGUUUUUGUUGGAGAAUCAAGUUCCAUUUCAAUUGCUUCAUUGUUUGAUGGAAAAGAUGGAUAAUGUUAUGAAGGAGGAGUAUUGUUUGGAUGUCAUCAACAUGUUUGUUUCGAAAAAUAAUAUUAUGGCGCCAGUUGAUUCUUGGAGUCAAGCUAUGAAUUUUAAAGUCGUUAAAUUAUUAAAAAGAGCGCCAAUUUUUCCAAUUCAUCUUCUUGAUGCUCUUCGAUCCAUAAUAAUACUUGGCGAUAAUCAUGAUCAUGAUAAGGUUGGUGAAAGUCAUGAUCGUAACAAGGGCUAUUUAAGUUUUUUGGGUAAAAAUUUCAUGUUCUCCAAACAUAUGCUCGAUAUGUUUGAGAACAUGCAACAAGACAACAAAAUGUCUUUUCGAAAUGUCAAAGAACUUAAAUUAGCAGGGAUAAAGAUAAAAUCUUCUGAUUCUAAAAACAUGAGAUCUGUUUCGUUCAAUAGUCGUUGGUUUGGCAUUGGUGGUUAUCUUAGCAUUCCUCCGAUAAAUGUGGACAAUUCAACUGCACGUAAGUUGUUAAACCUAGUCGCUUACGAAGUGUGCUUGAGGGACAGUAGUACUAAGGAAGCUUGUUAUUUGGUAACUUCCUAUGUUAACUUGAUGGAUUUGCUUAUUGAUAAUGAAGAAGAUGUUAAAGCGCUAAGGAAAGUUGGCGUACUUUGCCAUCGUCUAAGUAGCGAUUAUGAAGUAGCCCAUUUGUUCAAUAGCUUAGGCUCUAAUUGUGUGUUCUUGCAUAAUGAGGAAGACGCCUACAUCAAAAUCAAGAAACAAAUCGAGAAACAUUGUCGAAAAAAGUUGCCAAAAUGGACAAGUGAAUUUCGUCGUAACCAUUGCAAUAGUCCAUGGGCUUUAAUGUCAUAUUUAUUUCUUUUGGUAACAACUUAUAUGACACUAAAAACUUUUUCUUCUACCAUAUUUUCCAAGAGCACCAACGAGCUUCUUAAUUUCAAUGCCAUAUGAUAUGUAAAUAAAUUAUCUACUUUGUUAAAGUUUGGUGUUUAACGUCUCAUGUAUAUAUUCACUAUGCUAGUGAAAUUUUAAUUUUGUUUCCUCUAGGGUUUAUGUGCAUGUGAGUCAUUUCUAAUAUAUCAUGUUUCAUCAUGUGAAUCAUUUAUGUAUGACUAGAAUAAAAUUUAAUGAUGAAAGAACAGUUAAUAAAUUAGACACUUUGUUCUUAGUAUUGGUGUUCAUUGGACUACAUUCAAUAGGCCUAUCGAAAUCUGAUCUAAUUAUAUAUUUGGAUGUUAGAUUUCAUUAUCGGAUCUGAUACGAUCUAAUUAAUUUUAGUAUUCUAAUCGAUCCAACAUCCAUUGAAUGUUGGAUUGGAUCGGUUCUAUCUAUUGAAUGUAUUUCGAAUAUUUAUUGCAAGAUUGAUUAAGAUUUAGACCUAGUAUUUUUUGGAUCAGAUCGGAUCCAUCCAAUUUUUUAGAAUCAGUAUUUAUUGGAGUGGAUCCAAUCUAAUCUAAUUAAAAAAAAGAAAAAUUUUAAUCUUAAUUUUCAUAUACUCAUAUAUUUUUAAUUAUAA